CUGGUGUCCUCUGGUGUCAAGCAUCGUGGACAAGUAUAGAAAGGACCUCGGUUUGAUGAGGGCAUGAAGGCUCUGGAAUCCCUUACUCUGAAGGCUUUGAGCAUUGCCCGAGGCCUUUCUCUGAAGGGGAAAGACGAGGCCCAAAAGACCACCGAACUCGAGGACUCUUCUCGAGCACAGGAGAAGAGGAUAGCCGACUUGGAGGCUGAACGCUUUCUUCUUCAGAAGGAGCUCGAGAAUUCGAAAAAUGAUGCCCAGAGAGCUCGAGAAGAGGCUGGAACUGCUAAGGCCGACGCUGAAGGUUUAAAGCUCGAGAUCGAGCGUUUGAAGGCUGAUUUUGAGACUCGCCUGGCUGAAGCUCGAGGGGUUGCGAUCGAGGACUUUAAAAUGUCUGAGGAGUUUAACAGCCUGAAAGGAGAGUAUGCCAUGGGCUCGUACUUCCAUGCCUUCAAGGAAGCUCGGGCAUUUUUGAGAUCGAAGCCCGAUGCUAACCCCGAGGAUCUAAAGAACAUCCCCGAGAUUGCUGAUACCCUCGAGCUGUCAGAGUCCGAGGAAACCGUCGAGGACCAAGAGGUCGACGUCGACGGCGAGGAUGCGGUGGAGGAGCAGGGGAGCACAGCCUCGGGGGAAAGGGCCGAGGACUUAGAUUAGUAGUUUUUUUUUUUUGUGUUUUUGU